UUGGUGGAAAGUUUGGAAUUUCUCAGUCAGUCGCCGGGAGGAGGCGGAGGUGGAGUGAGCGAGUGGCAAAGUUUCUCGGGCGGGAAAAAAGAAAGUCGCCGGGCCGCGCCGUUGAGGCCGGUCGGAGGCCCGCCUGGUGCCGUGACGGGAAUAAUCGGGUCGUGCGAUUGGAGCAACGAGAGGGCGGCGGUGGAUCACCCCCUCCCUCCCUUCCUCCCCUUUCCCCCUCGGGACAGCCUCUGGAGCUUGAACCCCGACCCUGAGGGGUGAAUCACCUACACUCAGGGCCGUAAGGAGGGAAAGCCGCUGUUCCCAGGGGAUCAGACGGAUAUAGUCGGGAGGGGACAGGCUACGAACGUUGCCCCCUCCCUAUCCCAGAGGAGAUAUAUCAGAUACCCUGCUCAAAUGUCUUCACGCUUUUGAAUGGAAGCAACUGGUUUCGGGAGCCAGUGAGUUUCCGAGGGUCACAGAUCGGAAUCGUCACCUUUUCAAGUGGCGAGGGAAGAGGAGUAUAAUUUCUCCGGUCACCUUGAGGAAUUGGAGAACUGACCGGCGGAGAUAAAAGAAGAGUUCCUGACUCAUCAGAUCCCGACUGAGUUUCCAGAGGAGGCGGCUUUUGUGAAUAUUUAGCUUAAAAGUCUGGGAUUUGGUCAUGAAACACCAAACCGGUCAGAGGUGAAAGAUUAACCUAUUUGUGAUUUUGUUUUAAAGGAGCAUUUUAAUCAAGUUGAUCCAAACUUGUUUUUAAGGUUAAUAAAUUGCUAGUGAAACUGAAGGGUGUAUGUAUUUACCACCUUAUUUUCUUGGGGUGGAAGAAUUGGAAACUCACCAAGCAUUUUUAAAGCACUGAAGAGAGAAACACUUUCAACGUCUACAGAAUUUAAAGUGACAUUUGAGGGAAUUCCCAGCUCUAGGAGGAUGCCGAUUCGUAAACAGGAUGCUCAGCGAGCUCUGAAGCUCCUGGAGAAUUAUCGUGCCAAGCUCGCUAAGACGGAGGACCGUCAGCUCCGUGCGUCCAUCGAAAGGGUCAUUAAUAUAUUUCGGAGCAACCUCUUCCAAGCAUUAAUAGAUAUUCAGGAAUUUUAUGAGGUUUCAUUGCUGGAUAAUCAACCAGUUCCUCAAAAAAACAGUGGCAUUGUUCCAGCUGUCCAUAACUGGGAUAUUUCUAGCCUUCCAAGCACAAUUGUUACAUCAGAAUCGCUUCCCAUCAGCCUUAGCCCUAAUGCAGAGAAGUAUCGUUAUCAAGAUGACGAUGCAUCUGCACAAGAACACAGCUCUCCACAGAUUAGCAAUGACAUGAAGGGCCCAGAGCUUGUACAUGUGUCGGAGAAGAACCUCUCUCAGAUUGAGAACAUUCAUGGUUUUGUUUCUCAGUCACAUAUAUCUCCAAUGAAGCAGAUAGAAGCUACUCCUCCCUCUACUCCUGUUAUCCCUGUGAUCCCUGUUAUGCCAGUCCCCGCUGAAGCCAGUGUCUUCUCGUCUGACAGUCAACAGGCUAAUCCACCUCCUGUUGUGGUGAAUACAGAUAGUUUGGAGUGUCAGCCUUACGUCAAUGGUACUGAUACAGACUAUGAAUAUGAGGAAAUCACGCUGGAAAGGGGAAAUUCUGGCCUCGGAUUCAGCAUUGCAGGUGGCACCGAUAAUCCACAUAUUGGUGAUGAUCCAAGUAUAUUCAUUACAAAAAUCAUUGCAGGAGGUGCAGCUGCACAGGACGGAAGACUGCGGGUGAAUGAUUGCAUCCUUCGAGUAAAUGAUGUAGAUGUAAGAGAAGUAACACACAGCAAAGCGGUAGAAGCUUUAAAAGAGGCUGGAUCGAUUGUACGAUUAUACGUGCGAAGAAGGAAACCAGUCACGGAGAAAAUCUUAGAGAUAAAACUAGUUAAAGGGCCAAAAGGUCUUGGUUUCAGUAUAGCUGGAGGGGUAGGAAACCAACACAUUCCUGGAGAUAAUAGCAUCUAUGUAACCAAAAUCAUUGAAGGAGGGGCAGCACAUAAAGACGGCCGGUUGCAGAUAGGCGACAAAAUUCUGGCAGUCAACACAGCCAGUCUAGAUGAAGUUACCCAUGAAGAUGCAGUGACAGCUUUAAAAAAUACAGCAGAAGUGGUAUACUUGAAAGUUGCAAAGCCAACCAGCAUGUAUGUGCAUGAUGGGUAUGCACCUCCAGACAUCACCAAUUCCUACUCACAAAUGGAAAACCAUAUUACACCAUCAAACUACUUAGGGAGUACAGAAUAUAAACAGUCUCUCCCUCCAUCGUCGCCGGGCAGAUACUCCCCCAUCACUAAAGUCGUGGGUGAUGAUGAAAUGACCAGGGAGCCCAGAAAAGUGGUUUUGCAUCGAGGAUCAACAGGACUAGGCUUUAACAUUGUUGGCGGUGAAGAUGGAGAAGGAAUCUUUAUUUCCUUCAUAUUAGCAGGAGGCCCAGCUGACCUGAGUGGUGAACUAAGAAAAGGCGACAGGAUCAUUUCGGUGAAUAGUAUUGACCUGCGGAGCGCCACUCACGAGCAGGCAGCGGCAGCACUGAAAAAUGCUGGCCAAGCGGUCACUAUUGUAGCACAAUAUAGGCCAGAAGAAUACAGCAGAUUUGAAGCCAAAAUCCAUGACUUGCGGGAGCAGAUGAUGAACAGCAGUAUCAGCUCAGGAUCAGGGUCACUGCGUACCAGCCAGAAGCGGUCCCUCUAUGUCAGAGCUUUGUUUGACUAUGACAAGACCAAAGACAGUGGCCUGCCGAGCCAAGGCCUUAAUUUCAGUUUUGGCGAUAUCCUUCAUGUGAUCAAUGCAUCAGAUGAUGAGUGGUGGCAGGCUCGACAGGUAACGCUGGAUGGUGAGAGUGAGGAAAUUGGAGUGAUCCCAAGCAAACGAAGAGUUGAGAAGAAAGAGCGGGCCAGGUUAAAGACGGUGAAAUUCAAUUCAAAAUCAAGAGAUAAAGGGCAGUCAUUCAAUGACAAGCGUAAAAAGAACAUCUUUUCCCGAAAAUUCCCCUUCUACAAGAGCAAGCAGCAGAGUGAGCGGGAGACCAGUGACCUUGAACAGCAUGUAACCUCUAAUGCCAGUGAUAGUGAAAGUAGUUACCAAAUCAUGAUUACAGAUGAGUACGGUGAAACGAGAGGUGGUCAGGAAGAUUACGUCCUCUCAUACGAGCCUGUUGGACAGCAGGAGGUCCGUUACUCUCGACCAGUUAUAAUUCUGGGACCCAUGAAAGAUCGAAUUAAUGAUGAUCUAAUCUCGGAAUUUCCAGACAAGUUUGGGUCAUGUGUUCCACACACAACCAGACCAAAGCGUGAUUAUGAAGUGGAUGGUCGAGAUUAUCAUUUUGUCACAUCCAGAGAACAGAUGGAAAAGGAUAUUCAAGAUCACAAAUUCAUUGAAGCUGGGCAGUACAACAAUCACCUUUAUGGAACCAGUGUGCAGUCUGUCAGAGAAGUAGCAGAAAAGGGUAAACACUGUAUCCUGGAUGUAUCGGGAAAUGCUAUUAAGAGACUUCAAAUAGCCCAGCUGUACCCAAUUGCUAUCUUCAUUAAACCAAAAUCUGUUGAAAAUAUCAUGGAAAUGAAUAAACGUUUAACAGCAGACCAAGCAAAGAAAACUUUUGACAGAGCCAUGAAACUUGAACUGGAAUUUACUGAACACUUCACAAGUAUUGUGCAGGGAAAUUUACUGGAGGAGAUUUACACCCAGGUGAUACAGAUCAUUGAGGAGCAGUCUGGGCCUUACAUCUGGGUUCCAACCAAGGAGAAACUGUGAAGUCACAUCAUAAACAUUGUCCAUUGUGCGUG